GCAUAUCAUUGGUUCAAGUGUCAUCACUUAAAAUAUCCAUUACAUCACUUAAAGUCUCAUAAUAUAUAAUAAUCAUCAAACUCGAUCACAAUCAACUACGUGGUCUGCUAGUACUUGGAGUAAAAUUUGUAAAGUUACAUAAAAAGGGAAGGGAAUUAGCACAACAUAUCCAGUAACUCUCAUAUGUCACAUAUAACACGUUACAGGCAUCAUUAGUCACAGAAAAAUAUACAUGAAAACCUGUAUAUUUUAUCAUCACUGACAUAUGUAUCAAUGCAUGCAUACAAAAUGAAGUCGCAUAGGGUAGUUUUAUUUAGCGAGGAGCCUUCCUAUGCUUUUCCUGUCGCUUGUUUUUGUGAUUGACUGAGCUUGUCCGAGUGUCGGAUGAGAUAGUUUGAAGAGAUUUUCACAAAUAAGUUUUUAUACGUGUCUAUAUGUAACCGGUAAUUAUAUGUUCUAUGCGCUGUUAAAUAUUAUUAUUUCCCUUAUAUUUAGCCAACUUCAAAGAGUUAGAGAUUAAUGGAUUGUACUAUCAGAGUGCAAAAUCAGCUGUAGUAACAUAUCUGACCGGAACAUGAAACAGACUAAUAAAUCGCCAGAUCUUGUUUAGUUUAUGCCUGCCUUUUUUGCCAAUCUGUGUAUCACGUUACCUAUAAUACCAUUGACCUCUUGCAUCUUGCAGCUUUCAGGUCAUAAUCGGAAAGGCGAACGUGAAUAUAGUAGAUAUGGCUCAUGCAAGUGUGGCUUCUCUUAUGAGAACAGUAAAAUCGCUCUUGAAAUCCAAUUCACCAAUGCAAUCUCUAACAUGUGAUCACGGAGAAGAAUUUUCUGCUCUUCAUGAAAAGAUUAGUUCCCUGGAAGUAACUGUCAAGAACUUUGAGAAAAACAAUGUUUCUGGGGAAAUGAAAGAUUUGGAAGUAGAGGUAAAAGAAGUUGCAAAUAUUGUUGAACAAACAAUUCAACUAAGUGUAACUGAAGUUGUAUUGGCAAAUGAUGAAAAUCUGAGAAAAAAGGCACAAGAGAGGCUUUCUGAUAGCCUGAAACAAGUUGCUGAGGACAUUGAUCGUAUGCGAGAGUCGACAAAUAUCGUAUCAAAGGAAUCAACGGUUCAAGAGUUUCCAAGCUCAUCAAGAAAUAUCCUGAAUGUUGAGAACAGUAUAGUUGGACGUGACGAUCAAAGGGAACGGUUGUUAAAUGAUAUGACUAUAGACUUCUCUGGUGAACCCAAAGUCAUCCCGAUUGUCGGGAUUGGAGGCAUAGGUAAAACAACCUUAGUGAAAGAAGUUUACAAUCAUAAAUCAAUUCUAUGUCGUUUUGAAAUUCAUGCCUGGGCUACUGUAUCUCAACAGCACAACAGAAAGGAAAUUUUGCUGGGCCUUUUGCGAUCGACGAUCAAAAUGGAUGACACCGUUGAGAUGAAAGGUGAAGCAGAGCUAGCAGACAUGCUGCAGAAAAGCUUAAAGAAAAAGAGGUACUUAAUUGUCUUGGAUGAUAUCUGGAGUUGUGAAGUGUGGGAUGGCGUGAGACGAUGCUUUCCAGCUGAAGACAAUGUAGGGAGUCGAAUACUGUUGACUACCCGUAACAAUGAAGUAGGUUGUUAUGCUGAUACAGAGAAUCUUUCUUUGCGGAUGAGCUUCAUGGAUCAAGACAAGAGUUGGAGUCUUUUCAAAAGCGCAGCAUUUUCAAGUGAAGCAUUACCAUAUGAGUUCGAGACUGCUGGAAAGCAAAUCGCAGAUGAAUGUCACGGGUUACCACUAACUAUUGUCGUGGUUGCUGGACUUCUCAAAUUGAGAAGGGCAAUAGAAGAUUGGGAAAGUGUAGCUAAAGAUGUCAAGUCAUUUCUCACAAAUGAUCUUGAUGAACAAUGUUCACGUGUGCUUGGGUUGAGUUACAAUCACUUGACUAGCGAUCUAAAAACAUGUCUUCAGCAUUUCGGAAUUUUUCCAGAAGACAGUGAGAUACCAGUGAAGAAAUUGAUGAGAUCAUGGAUGGCUGAGGGGUUCCUGAAGUUGGAAAAUGAUUUGGAAGGAGAGGCUGAGAAGUGUUUGCAAGAGCUUGUCGAUAGAUGUCUAGUCCUCGUUUGCAAGAAAAGUCUAGAUGGAACAAAAAUUAGAUCAUGUAAGGUUCAUGAUCUAAUAUAUGACUUGUGCGUGAGAGAAAUUCAAAGGGGAAAUGUUUUUAUCAUGAACGACAUUGUGCUUGACAGUAUGCAUGAAAAGCAGCCAUUUAUGCGCGUGAUUGGUGAUGAAAUUUAUGAUUGUUACUUUGGUUUUUUUAAGGUUCUUCUUACCCCUGUACAUCGUCAGUUGAGAGAUCAUGACAACAACAAUCUUUUGAAACGAACCCGUUCUAUUUUCUCUUUUCAAUUUGAGGAUUCAAGUUUUCCUCGUGUUCUCAAAUUAGAGCUUAUUCAUUUCAAAUUACUCAGUCUUGGAGUUGAGACACAUGGAGAUUGAUUAUUUCCCUUUACAGAUACUAAGCCUCAUCUGGUUGAGGUACCUAUCAUUGCAAUGCCGUAAGAAUUUAGACAUACCUCCAGAAAUUUGUAGGUUAUGGAAUCUGCAGACAUUCAUUUUUCAAGGGUAUCCUUACUCAUCUAAAGAAAAUAAUUGUCCAGUGCAAAUUUGGGGACUAAUGCAAUUAAGGCAUCUUAAACUGCAAAGAUGUAAUUUGCCAGAUUGCCCAAGUGGAUCUGUUGACAAAGGAAGGCACAUGGGUUUUUCAAACUUACAAACUAUUUCUUACUUGUCUUCACAUUGUUGCACGAAGGAGGUUAUUAUGGGGAUUCAGAAUGUCAAAGAAUUAGGAAUCAGUGAAGGAAAUAGGAUGGGCUCUAAUGGGCUUCUCAACAAUCUUGUCCAUCUGCAGCAACUUGAAACAUUGAAUCUUACAUUUUGUCCUAGUCGACUUUUGCCAGCAAGUGCAAAAGCUUUUCCAGCAACGCUCAAGAAGCUGAAGUUUGAAAGAACUUUGCAUCAUAGCUGAAUUGCCUAACCUUGAGGUGCUGAAGCUGAUGAUUAGUGCUUGUGUUAGCAAUGAAUGUUAUCCAAGUGUUAGGGGAUUUACUCGAUUGAAGGUUUUGAUAAUUGAAGAUAAUCGUCUCAAUUACUGGAAAGCCACAAAAGACAAUUUUCCUAUCCUUGAGCGCCUUGUGCUUAACAAAUGCCAUAAUUUAAAAGAGAUACCCAUUGAGUUUGCAGAAAUCCACACACUACAACUGAUUGAGUUAACAAGUUAUCUUCCCGAACUUGGGGAAUCUGCUGCACGAAUUCAACAAGAACAAGAAGACAUCGGAAACAACCCCGUGGAUGUUCGUAUCUCCAAUCCACACGCUAGAGUGAGAAGGCUUGAUCUCGACUAAGUAUCGUGGAUUCUUCGCGCAGCUUUUGGAAAAAAGAAGACAAGGAGAGGACGAGCAACAAGAGUAUUCAAUCGGUUUCUAUCCAAUAUGGGAGUUUGAUUCGAUGAAUUUAUGUUGUAAUGUCUUCUAAGUUGUGGUGUACUUUUUCUCCUUCAUGAAACAAUUUUAUUGUGGGAACUGGAUGAUGAUUUAGUUUAAUUGGUUUAAUAUUUGUUAAAGGAUCCCUCUACAUAUAUUCCUGUAUGAUUCUCUCGAGAUGCUUUCUACCUGUGGCGGUAACUAUGUGGUAAAAUACAAGGGGGAGAGGUUAAAAAAC